AUGGUGCGACAAACGAGAGCAACUUCCAAGGAUGAGCAAGUGAUGGACGAAGAAAUGGUUGCAGUGGACAUGUGCAAGAAAUCUGGACCGCCGAGUUCGAAUGCAAGUUACGAGAGGAAAUUUUUAAUUUCGAGAGAGGGUACUCCGGCCGAUAGUCGGUUCUAUCAAAUUCGACAUCCAAAGAAUCGUGCCCCGUGUUUGUAUCGUAUCAGUGAGAGGUGCUGCGAUGAAGUUCUUUCCGUAGGAGAAACCUUCCGCUCAUGGUUUUAUGGUGAAAGCGUUGUAUCAGACGGAGCUAUUAAACUUCUUUCGCCCAUACACCCUUUGUUUUUAGCUCUGCCGUAUUUAAUGAGCUCUAAGAGCAAAUCUACCGAGUUAGAAGAAAUCUUCAGAGAUUCUGAAUUCCCAUCCAUCGCUAACCUCCUGGUAAAUAACCAGUUUCUCAGGAAUGUAGACAAAGUUGCUGAUUUGAAAGAGAUGUUUGACACAAAAGUUUACCAGUUCAAUGAAGUUAAAACUCUUGACUGGAUAUCAGAAAGGUUUCAAAGGCUCCGCACUGCGCUUGUUGAGGAAGGUUGCUUGCACAAAUCAAUAACUGAGAAUGAAGAGGUUCUGGACCGGUACUCAUUUGGAGUCCUUUGUGACUAUUUGAACCCAGAAAUGGCAGCGCUGGUUAAGGUGCAGCUUUCCAUAAGGGAUCCUCCAGCCGAUGAAAACGAGCGUGUUGAUAUGUCAAUGAAAAGAAAGGCAGAUGAUCUGCACAAGGACAUCGAACAGAAACCAGCUAAGAAACCAAAGGAAUCAACCGCAAUGAAGAAGUUGCAACAAGCCAGCAAGGGUACAAAAUCUAUAAGUGAUUUCUUCACGAAGAAAACUUAA